AUGAUUUACUUGGCGGGACAAACGUCAAAAAGGGCCGCUUUUCAACAAGAGUCAACACUUCCGCACAUAUAUCAGCUAAAGGAUUUAUCAAAAUUGAGACUAAAAGGCGGUUUUUAGGUGUAUUAAGGGUCCACGUCUUGUGAACACCAUGGCGGACAAAGGGGAUGCCGAAACCUUCGAUGAUGCGGUCGAAGAGCGCGUCAUCAACGAAGAAUACAAAAUCUGGAAGAAAAACACUCCGUUCCUCUACGAUUUGGUGAUGACUCACGCGCUCGAGUGGCCCUCACUAACCGCCCAAUGGCUUCCAGACGUCACUCGUCCAGAGGGUAAAGAUCACUCACUGCACCGUCUCAUCUUGGGCACACACACUAGUGACGAACAAAAUCAUUUGUUGAUCGCCAGUGUGCAACUACCAAAUGAAGAUGCACAGUUUGAUGCCACCCAUUAUGAAAACGAAAAGGGUGAAUUCGGCGGUUUCGGCUCAGUAUCCGGGAAAAUUGAGAUUGAGAUCAAAAUUAAUCAUGAAGGGGAGGUGAACAGGGCAAGGUACAUGCCCCAGAACCCUUGUGUCAUUGCCACAAAAACACCAUCGAGUGACGUACUCGUUUUCGACUACACUAAGCAUCCUAGCAAGCCUGAUCCUAAUGGGGAAUGCCAUCCGGACUUAAGAUUGCGUGGACAUCAAAAAGAAGGCUAUGGUUUAUCCUGGAACCCGAAUUUAAAUGGAUAUCUUCUCUCUGCCAGCGACGAUCACACAAUUUGCCUCUGGGACAUUAACGCCACCCCCAAAGACAACCGGGUGAUUGACGCCAAGACCAUUUUCACAGGUCAUACUGCGGUCGUGGAGGACGUGGCGUGGCACUUGUUGCACGAGAGUUUGUUUGGUUCAGUGGCAGACGACCAGAAAUUGAUGAUUUGGGACACCAGGUGUAAUAACACGAGUAAACCGUCGCACACCGUCGAUGCCCACACCGCUGAGGUGAAUUGUCUCAGUUUUAAUCCAUAUUCUGAAUUUAUUUUGGCUACAGGUUCGGCCGAUAAAACGGUGGCGUUAUGGGAUCUGAGAAAUCUUAAAUUGAAGCUGCACAGUUUCGAGUCGCACAAAGAUGAAAUUUUCCAGGUUCAAUGGUCGCCACAUAACGAAACAAUUCUGGCUUCCUCAGGUACUGAUCGGAGGUUGCACGUGUGGGAUCUAAGCAAAAUUGGUGAAGAACAAUCACCUGAAGAUGCCGAAGAUGGUCCUCCGGAGCUUUUGUUCAUCCACGGGGGUCACACGGCUAAAAUUUCCGAUUUUAGUUGGAAUCCUAACGAGGCCUGGGUAAUUUGUUCCGUAUCGGAAGAUAAUAUUAUGCAAGUAUGGCAAAUGGCUGAGAAUAUUUAUAACGAUGAAGAGCCGGAACAGCAGCCGUCUGAUAUUGAGGCAGUUGCUCCCUAAUUUCGUUUUUUUUUCAAAGUGUUUUAUUUUAUUUAUAGUUUUAAGUGUUUUAGUUUCGUUUUAGACUAAGAUAAGUUUUGUUAAGACUAUUUAGAAAUACAUUCAAGUUUCACCUUUUCAGUAAGUAUGCGGUAAAUUACCUGCCCUAUCAUUUGUAGUCUUUUUUUUAAUUAUUGUCGUGAUUUUUAUGGCAUAUUAGUAUCUUUUAAUAAACAAGAUUUUUUUUUAA